AUGUUUGGAUCAGAGCAGGCACUCCCAGGUCUUAAACCAGAGCUGGAACAGGAACUUGUUCCUGAGUGGCGGGCAAAGUAUCUCGACUACAAGACCGGCAAAAAGAAAGUCAAAGCCAUCACUCGGGCCCUCCAGAAGGCAAACCGCAGUCCCCAUGUCCAAUCCAAUCGAUAUCCCACCUCCACCCCGCAAGGUCGCGGCGCAGCCCAAUCUGCUCUCACACCCUCCAAUACCGAUAAACAGCUCGAUGCAGGAGAGUACAAUAGCCCAUCGACGCCACAGCGAGGUGGUGCCAACCCGCCAUCAACCGCACGAUCCACGCCGGUACCCAGAACUGAGCGACAACCGCUUCGCACGCCCGGAUCGCGGUUCUCCGAAAAUGUUGGUAGUUAUGGAAGUAUAAUUGCAACGCCGCCACAGCAACACCAUACCGCAGGCUCGGACGUGGCCUCCUUUGAACUUCCGGACCCAGCACUUGACCCAGAUGAGGACUAUAUGCCGCACGACGACACUGCAGACAAACCCAGGAACCUUCGGACACCUUCGCCCGUCAUGGAUCGCCGCAGCCUGACGAACGUUUCACCCUCUCACCCUAUCUCAGAGCCGUUGCCGGCCCAGAGGCCCCAAUUGGACCAACGUGCGAGUUAUCAAAGUCAGAUUGGCGACACGUUGGCAAAGGUGCCAUCGGGCAACCGGACAUCACAGCUUCUGCGGCGCGUAUUCACGGCAGAGGGCGAGCCUGGCGGGAGGCGAUCACAGUUUGAUAUUGGCGCUGGCGCCGAGCUUGAUAAACGGCAGGACGAGUUCUUCGAGUUCUUGGAUAGCGAGUUGAACAAGAUCGAUGCGUUUUAUGUGAUGAAAGAACAGGAGGCCACCGAAAAACUGCGGGUGCUUCGCCAGCAGUUACAUAUAAUGCGAGACCAGCGCAUCCAAGAGGUGCUAGCUGUUAAGAAAGCCAUUAAAUCUGACGACUCGGAUACACAGCAACGGCCAAAUGGAUUCGCAAAAAUCAAGAGUGCGCGGAUCAAGGAUACAUUGGCGGGAAAGAAUCGUUUUGGCAAGAACACGGAAGCACUGGCCCAGAUGGCGACUCCUGGCAUGCAACCCCAAGACCGAGAGUUCAUUGCCAACCGGAGAGACUUUAUGCGGCGGCAGGAUCCACAAAGUCAAGAAGUGCCCUAUCGCUCCGCUAAGCGGAAGCUGAAGCAUGCGUUGCAGGAGUUCUACCGCGGGGUGGAACUUCUCAAGGGAUAUGCUUAUUUGAACCGAACGGCCUUCCGGAAGAUCAAUAAGAAAUACGACAAAGCGGUCAACGCCCGCCCACCGCUCCGGUACAUGUCCGAAAAGGUCAACAAAGCUUCAUUUGUCCAGAGUGAAGUGAUUGAAAGCUUGAUGGUAGCGGUCGAAGACUUGUAUUCCCGUUACUUUGAGCGUGGUAAUCGCAAAAUCGCCGUCUCCAAACUUCGCCAUACAAUCAACAAAUCUGGCGAUUACUCCCCGAAUACUUUCCGCUCCGGUCUCUUGUUGAUGGGUGGAACUCUGUUUUCCAUCAAGGCCCUAGUCGAUGCUUCGUCAAACCUCCGCUCGGGUGAGGCCGCUGAACAAGUUCGGACCAGUUAUCUGCUCCAGAUAUACGGCGGAUAUUUCCUCAUCGUGUUCCAUGUCUUGCUCUUCUGCUUGGAUUGUAUGAUCUGGACAAAGUCGAAGAUCAAUCAUGCUUUCGUCUUCGAAUACGAUAGCAGACACACCUUGGAGUGGCGUCAGUUGCUGGAGAUCCCUUCUUUCUUCCUUUUCUUGAUGGGCCUAUUCAUGUGGCUCAACUUCUCAUGGUACAACCACAUGUAUAUCUAUUGGCCUGUGGUCCUGAUUGUCUUGACGAUCAUCAUUGUUUUCUUGCCGGCCCGUGUUCUUUACCACAGGAGCCGCAAGUGGUUCGCUUUUUCCAAUUGGCGUCUUUUGCUUGCCGGAAUAUAUCCAGUCGAGUUUCGUGAUUUCUUCCUCGGCGAUAUGUACUGUUCUCAGACAUAUGCUAUGGGGAACAUCGAGCUCUUCUUUUGUCUAUAUGCCUCGUACUGGGACUACCCUCCCAAGUGCAACUCCUCCCACUCUCGACUCUUGGGCUUCUUCCAAUGUCUUCCCUCUGUCUGGCGAGCCUUCCAAUGUAUUCGCCGAUACCUGGACACGAAGAACGCAUUCCCCCAUCUCCUGAAUUUGGGAAAGUAUAUAUUUGGCGUCCUCUACUAUGCCACUCUCAGCAUGUACCGCAUAGACCUCAAAACACGGUUCCAAGCCGCGUUCAUCACCUUCGCCCUCCUUAACGCCGUUUACGCUUCAGUAUGGGACCUAAUCAUGGACUGGAGUUUGGGUAAUCCAUACGCAAAGAACCCAAUGCUCCGUGAAGUCCUCGCCUUCCGUCGCGUAUGGGUAUACUACGCCGCAAUGCUACUAGACGUGGUCAUCCGUUUCAACUGGAUCCUCUACGCAGUAUUUAUCAGAAAUAUACAGCAGUCCGCCCUGCUCAGCUUCAUGGUCGCCUUUUCAGAAGUCUGCCGUCGUGGCGUCUGGUCCAUCUUCCGCGUCGAAAACGAGCACUGCACAAAUGUCCUCCUCUUCCGUGCUUCCCGUGAUGUCCCUCUCCCCUACGACGUCCCCUCACCACCCGCACCUCCACUCGACGGCUCAGCAGAAGACGUCCAACUUCAAGAACAGCAGCACGCCUCAACACCCUUCAUGUCUCCCGGCGAUGUCGAGCACGGCACCCCAUCCAUGUCCAGCAUGCGCGCCCGCAACCGCCGUCCCUCGGUUGGUAUCAGCCGGGUCGGCACUAUCAUGGCCUCAGCCCACGCGCAGGAUUUCGAGCGAAGACGUCUGCCAAAUUACAUGUCUAGCACGAGUGUUGGGCGGGAUUUGGCGCAUGGCGCGGACGAUAGCACGGACGAAGAUGACGAGGCGGAUCUGAGCACCGAUGAGGAUUCGGGGUCGAGGCCGGUUUCAGAGCGCAGGGACACGAUGGGUCGGAUUGUUGAGUAG